CAAAAAGCGCUCGAGAAUAUCUGUCCGUAAUCGCUCGGCGGCUGUCGGCAGUAGUUAUACAUCGGAUCAGGCCGCGAGAUGCGUGACUUCGAGCCGCAGUCAGUGGUGAGGGUGAUCGGGACGAUUGGGAGUGCGUAGGGAGGAGACUGCAGAUCGAGAAUGGAAUUCGGAGUCUGAGAAUGGUCGGCUGGGAUGAUGAUCAGACAUUGAAAUCACUGAAGUCUCUCUCAGCGGUCUCGCUUCUCUCCGACUGCCCACAAUCGCCGAGGCUGAGCUGCUCUGAGCAUGAUGGGAUGGUUUUGCAAGGCAACCAGGGAAGCCAAAAGGGAAAUUAAAACUAAGGGAUCAUCGAACACAAACGUCAGAAGGUGGUUCUGUCUGCCAUUCGGUACUGGAAGAAGUUCGAAUUCUCGAAUUUGGCAUGAUCCUAGCGUCAGUUCGUCCCCGCACUUGAGGCCGAUUCGACAAUUUUCGUUGGCAGAGCUGAAGCGUGCCACCCACAAUUUCAACAACAUCCUGGCCGACGACAAUGACAAUUUCACGAUCUACCGAGCUCAGCUGCCGCACAUGGAAUUUGUGCGAGUGCGGAGGACCAACCUUGAAAACAGAGGCACUCUGGAACAAUUCCUCAGUGAGCUGAAAGUUCUGUCGAGUGUGCAUCAUCGCAACCUUGUGAGCCUCGUCGGGUUCUGUCAGGAAGGAGGGGAACAUCUACUGGUGUACGAGCACGUGGAAGGAACUCUGAGCGAGUAUCUUCAUGACCCACAUCACCCAGGCAAUCCGCUCUCUUGGACCAAACGACUGGACAUUGCCCUCGGCGUUGCCAGAGGGCUGUCACAUCUGCACGCACAUGGGGACCCGCCCAUCGUGCACAGGAAUAUGAAGAGCAGCAGUAUUUUGCUCAACUGCAAACUCGUGCCCAAGGUAUCGGAGGUCGGCUUAUCCAGACAAAUGACGGAAGGCACAGAGCAAACAAGAGAAACCCAGGGAUAUCUUCCUCCGGAACACUAUGCGACGGGCACGUGUUCAGACAAGUCGGACGUCUAUGCAUUUGGAGUCGUGCUUUUGGAGAUUCUGACGGGGAUGAAAUCGUUCGAUCGAGAGCGAUUUCAACAUCGCCAGAAAGUGCUGCUGGUCGAUUUGGUAAGGAGCGCAUACAACCAGAGGGGAUGGCGAACGGUGCGCAGGAAAGUCGAUCCUCACAUCCGCAACGACGCUUACGAUUCAUCUCAAAAGCGUUUCCUGCAGAUUGCCAUGGACUGCUUGGAGGAGGACCGAGUCAAGCGUCCGACGAUGCGAGAUGUCACCAACAGGUUGGAAGAGCUGGUGCAAAGGCGCCCAUCUGAUCCCUAGUCUCGACCGCCGUCGUUUAAAACCACCUUGUGGGAUGCUUCGACUGAUGUUCUCCGGGGAAAGCAAUGAAAUAGGACAUGCAUCCGUGCAGUGAGCUGUGGUUGCAGCAUUCCUUGCGACUGAGAUUUGUCAUUUCUUUGCUUUCUGUCGUAGUCAUCCAAUUUUCAUGGCAGACUGUUUUCAGGAAUAGAUAUGUGAGGUAGACAACAGGGGUUCUCUCGAGCACCCGAGCUGACCUGUCGUCUGUAUGCAAAGCAGAUUUCAAUAAAGUUGGGAUUUGAACUUGUACAG